UCAACAAACAACAAUCGAUAGUCAAAAUUGGCAUACAACAAUCGAUUGUCAACAAAUCCCGUAUCAACAUUAUUCGAAUCAAUCGGAAAAUUCAUUUGUACCAUCAACACCAAAUACGGUUGUUUUUAAUGAUAAUUCUGGAACUGCAACAGCCGCAACCGAUGAUGGAAUGACAAUUUAUCGUCAAUUACAAUUGAUAAAUGAUUUUGAACAACAACAACAACAACAGCCGAAUUUGACCUAUAAUGAUGAUGAUCGAUAUCAUUCGGAUACAUUAAUGGCAAGACAACCAUCACAUCAACAUUAUCAUCAUCAUCAUCAUCAUCAUCAAUCAACAAAUUUCAAUGAUGAACAAAGAAAAAUUUCUUCAUUAGAAAUUGAACAUGAAAUGGAUGAAUUUAUAUGCCGUAAACAACAACAACAACAAUGUCCAUCAGCAACAAUAACAGCAAUACAAUAUUUUCAAAAUAUGUAUCCAAAAGUUGAUGAUUUUGAAUCAAUUCGGCCAUCAAAUAUUUCCGCAACAAUUGUAUCAACAUUUUUAUUAAUGUAUCGUAGUCAUUGUGAACGUUUAUUUGAUACAUUUCAAUUGGCUAAUGUUGAUGAAAUGCGACGAUCAUUAUUGAAUUUUUGGUAUCAAAUGCCAUCACAUUUAGCACCAUUUUUAUCAUCAUCACCAUUUGCUUAUCAGGUAAUCAAACAAAUCGAUACAUUAUUGUAUAGGACAAUGGAAGAUUUUUUCUCACAACUAAGCCUGUUACCCGAAAUGUCCGAUACAUUUAUCAAAGAUAUUCGUUAUAUAAUAGAAAAUUUUGAACAAUGGUUAUAUUCAGCAAUUAUGGAUCCAAUGGGUCAAAUGUGUUUAAUUAUUUAUCAAUAUCGUUAUGAUUUGGAAAUAAUUUCAUCUACGACAACAACAACAACAAAUAAUAAACAAACAAUUUUAACAAAUGAACGAAUGGUUGAAAUAAAAAAUAAUGUUAUGGAACAUUUAGUACGAUUAUUGAAUCAUAAAUCACGUAUAUUUAAAGAUUUUUCAAUCGGUAUGCAAAAACAAUUGGAAUUUAUUAAUAUGAUUAAGGAUUGUCAACACACUAUUCAUCAAUUACGGAAACAUUCGAAAGAUUAUUCACAAAUGAUGUUUGAAAUACGAUCAAUUGGUUUGAAUUGUAAUAAUAAUCAAAAUCAAAAUUGUUUACAAAUGUUACCAUUAUGUGAUCCAAUAUUAGUAAAUGAUCCAUUGGAUCUAAUCAAAAUGGAUGAAAUUCUUAAACAAGAUUCGAUUGCUGUUGAUAAUAAUGAAAUAAAUUCAAACAACCCGAACAACAUCCAUAUGGCAACAACAAUAAAUUUCAAUAAUAACAACAAUAAACGAAAAAAAUUAUUGAUUGAUUCAUUUUCAUGUAAUUGUAUUGCAAAUGGUGAAUCAUCAUCAUCAUCAUCAUCAAAAAUAAUCAUUGAACAAUUGCAACAAAAAUUUCAUCUACUCAUACGUUAUAUGCAAAUAAUACAAGAAUUUAAUUUUAUAAAAACAUUACAUUGGACAAAAGCUAUUGUUGAUCAAAAUAUUUGGAAGUGCCAUUGGAAAUGUAUGAGACGACGAUCAAAACUAUUAUUAUAUGGAAUCAAUUUUUAUAUUAACAAUUUAAUGCGAGAAUUAACUAUAAAUGAUUCGAAAACUUUAUCUAUUUGGGAUAUGAUAUUUGUCUGUAUUAAAGAAUGUUUACUAUUAAAUUUGGCCAGAAUCGAUCGAUAUGAAAUGAAAUUGUCGACAAUAUUAACAAAUAAAAAUACUGAUAAUAAUAAUAUAAUCAUACCAAUUAUGGAUGGCCAUCAUAAUAUCUUAAAUAUAGAUCAUUCAACAACAACAACAACGAUGAAACAAAAACCAAAUUAUUUCAAUGAUGAUCAUGAUGAAAAACAAACGCAAGCCGAUAUGAUUAAAAAUGAUUCCAUUAAAUUAGAACCUAUUGAUACACCGCCUAUGAUUAAUAUACCAAGAUACGUAGAUGGUUAUAAUGAUGAUGAUAAUCGUAGAAGAUUAUUAUGUGAUACAACAACAACGAAAACAACAACAACCAAUGGUAAUAUUUAUGCUUGUCUUAUUUGA